AUGAAGACGCGGCUCACCACGAACCAGACGGCUCUGCUGGUGGUCGUACUCCUUUCCGUGGGCUCCCUCCUCUACUUCGCCUGGCUCUCGGCACCGAGGUCGAACGAUGAGCGACUCGAUCGGCUGGCCGGCGCCCUGGCCGAGUCAAUCUCGGCGCAAGAGCGAACCGAGAGGAUACUGCUUCGAUUGGCCGAGGCUGUGGGGGGCGAAUUCGCCAAUCUCACGCGAGCCACAAUCGAAUCGGGCCACAAGGAGAAAGAGGCGGCCACCUAUCCACUCAACGCCUACAAGCGGUGGCUGAACCAGCUCGGCGCCACGCCUACCGAACGCGCAUGCGAAGAGCGCACGGGCCUCACCCUGGAGUGGUGCAAGAACACGGGCGGGCAAGGGCGUGUGGAGUGCUACAAGCUGCAGGGCUGGGGCAGUCGCAGCAGCCAGCCCGACACCAUCUGCGAGGGCUUCAACCUGGUGGUGGACUUUGACAAGAUUCCUUGGAACCCACCCCGCGAGUUCGACUCCUCAGGACAAAACAGACACCCCCAUUUUGGCCCAGAGAAGUCGCUGAUCAGCAGUGGGUCGGUAGGUUCAUUCUCCGCGCAGUGUCAGGUCGAUCGAUCGAUCGUGAAGGACGUGAACAACAUGCUGGGCACGGAGAACAAAUUCAGCCGCGCCUUGUGGAAUAACUUUGCGGAGAUCCCCGCCGACCAGUCCACCGAAUGCGGCGUCGUCUACGAGAACCCGGUGGUGGUUAUCAUGCGCUACGAAGCAUGGAAUAUGUACCACCAGCUCGGCGAGUGGAUCAACGCCUUCACGACCCUCGAGGUGGUCGACAAGUUGGACAAGAACACACAGGUGCUGCUCUUGGACAUGCAUGAGAAGACCGAACCCUUCACCGACAUGCUCAAGGUCUUCUCUCCCGACCACCCGCUCGUGCUGGGAAAGGAGCUUGUUGGCAAAGGCAAGGUGUGCUUCAAAGAUGCGAUCAUGCCGUGGGAAGGUUAUGGCACGUUCAUUCACAACAAUGUGUGGCGGGCCUCGCAUGGCGAGCCCUGCCUCGACAGCGAUAUCCUCGAGGCCUUUUCCCAUUUUGUCCUCAACAAACUUGGCAUGCUGAAGCACAACAUACCCAAUGAGCCGCGGAUAACCCUGAUCUUGCGAAAGGACUACAUGGGCCGAAAACUCGAUCGCAAGAUCAGCAACGAGGACCAGGUCGUCAAGGCCCUCGAGGAAGUCAGCCGAGGGCGAGCCUCGUUCUCGAGCGUACAGUUGGAGACUAUGACCUUCAAGGAGCAGGUCGAGCUCAUGUACUCCAAGACCAACAUCCUCAUCGGCGUGCACGGCGCCGGUCUCUCCCACACCGUCUUCCUUCCUCCAGAGGCUAUUCUGAUCGAGCUGCUACCGGACAGCGUCAAGAGCUUCACCUACUUCCGCAACCUGGCCAAGCAGUCCAACCACAUCUACAUCCCCGUCCACGUCUCCCAUGCGAUCAGCGUGGACAUUGAUCAGAUGAAGAAGGUGGUGGACGUGGCGAUCUCGAUCGCUUCGUCCUUCAACACACAAAUGGGCAAGAGCUAG